AUGGCCGGCUCAGAGGCUGAGUGGGUAACCAUUGCCAAUAAUUUGCUUUUGCAAUGUCAUAUACACCUGAGGAUUCGAGAACUAGAAGACUGUGAUGCUAAUGUUUUUAUUGCUCUUUAUCAGUCUAUUUUGGGAGAAAAGGUACCAGACCUCAUAGCUAUUCCCAGGAGUCAAGAGGAUGAGGCUCACAAUGUACAAGCAGUAAUUGAUUCACUGGCUUUGGAUUAUCUGCAGGUCAGCUUGUCUCACAUAACAGGAGAAAAUAUAGUGAAAGGAGAUAAAGAAUCUAUUAAGAAUCUCCUAGAAAUAUUCGAUGGGUUACUGGAGUAUCUUACAGAACACAUCAGUGAAACAUCUCAUGAGAAAAGUGAAACUGGACAGCGUUCUAAAGAAUCCCAUCGAGGAGACCCUUUGGAAGAGCGAGAAAGUACUAAAGAAUCCAGAUCAUCAUGGAAAAGAGUUUCUUUUGAGAGGUGCUCCUCAUCAUCUGAGGCAUUGGGCCCCUCUUGGGGUGGAGAUGAAGCAGAAUCCACUGGUGAAAUAAUUAGACUUGGAGACACAGCACAUACCUUUUCUCUAAGAAGUAAUGGUGCCCAAGGUCCUAAUGAAAUGCAGUCUAAAAAAGCCUCAACCCUACCAUGUUCUGACUCACAUGAAGAAGUGUUGAACACUCCCUCAUCUAGUUUUUUGUCCAAGAGUGGGACAUCCUUUGUUGAAGACACAGAAAUUCCUUCUGUGGAUAUGAUCCCAAAUGCUAGGAAGUUAGGGGAGCCUAUCCGAUCAGCUAUUCCUUUACAUCCACCUUACCAUCCUUCAGAGCCUCGAGCUCCCUGCCCCAUAGGAAAAGAAUACUUGAGUUCAAGUCACUGCUCCCCUACCAUGAAAUCUACUGGAGAAGGCACAGCAUUUCCUGUGGAACCAGAUAAUAGAGUUUUCUUAACUUCCAAGUUGUCUAAAGAUGGCAAACAGGAAAUGUAUCCAGUUCAGGUCCAAGGCCCUAGGACGAGGAAGCUUCCCAAAGGAAAAAGAUAUGAAAACAGAACUGCAGUCUCAUCCUGGGAUUCACCUUUCUCCCAGAGGGCAGAAAAGAGGUUAACAGAACAAGAAUUACAUGCAGUAUCAGAGAAACUAUCUCAGCGCCUCUCUGAACUAGAUUGGAUGUUAAAAAGUGCCCUGGGUGAUCGAAUUAAAGAAAAAACCAGCUUUGAAGAGGAGGAUAUUGGAAAUGAAGAGGUGGAAAGUGGAAAUGAUGAGACACUGUCUCAGCAUAGUGACAGCAUCGUGGAGUAUGGGCCGAAGAAGCAAAGGCCAGGACUUGCCAUGCAUAGAAAGCCACCCUCCCGAUCUCAUUCACUUUCUACAUCUCCAAUUAACAAAAACAAACAGUUCCAUAUGGAGAGAAAAAGGCAGCGAAAGCCAAAAGAAACAGAUACCCGCCAAUUUCAAGCAAAGGCAAUAACUGAAGCAUUUGAAAAGGAACUAAGAAGAAAUAAAGUUCAAGAGAAUAUUGGACCUCUAGGAAUAAAUGACAAGGAGGAAACAGAAAAAAUAUAUAGAGAAACUGUUCAUAAAGGAACUCCAAAACACAGUCAGCCCUGGAAGAUUUACUCUAGAAAAACCACAACUCCAGGUCCAAGAGGUGGCUUGCCAAAGCCAAAUAAAGCAGUUCCAAGUAAGAACCACAAAAUUGUACUUUAUGGAAAACUGGCAUCCUUUGAAAGUGUAAAUGAACACGGUCUCCUGCCCCUGAUGCUGGAGCAGUUUCCAUUUCUCUAUGUUUCUGGUCAAACGCUAAGCAAAAUGUGGAAACAGCAAAUUGCACAGGUUGAACAGCUCAAAAAAGAUGCAUAUAGAGAAAAUCGAUCAAAGAAGAAACUCCAGGAUGAAAUAGAAGAAGCCUUGAGAAGGCACGACCUCCUUACUGUGCUUAUCAAGAAAGAAUAUGAACAUAACAAGAGACUGCAAGACUUCAAGGACCACAUUCACAGGCAGAAGUUGACCCAAUCAAAGAUAAAAGAAAAUCGGCAGCAGACUGUUCGUGCCCGAAAAUAUUAUGAUGAUUAUAGAGUUCAGUUGCAUUCAAAACUGAUGAGGAUGAGGACCCGGGAAGAAAUGAUAUUUAAGAAACUGUUUGAAGAAGGUUUACAAAUUCAAAAGCAAAGAUUACGAGACCUAAGAAACUAUGCCAAAGAAAAGCGAGAUGAACAAAAGAGACAGCAUCAAAAUGAACUGGACUCAAUGGAGAACUACUAUAAAGACCAGUUUUCAUUGCUGGCAGAAGCCAUAUCCCAGGAACGUCAAGGGCUCAAAGCCAGAGAGAAAUCCCAGGCCCAGAUGUUGUAUAAGGUGAAGAGGGAACUGAGAUCUAAGAUGGAGAAGGAAAUUCAACAGCUGCAGUACAUGAUAACACAGAACGACGAUGAUGCUUUCUUCCGGGAAUUGGAAGCUGAGCGCUUCAAAUCUCGGCUUCAUCUGGCUUCCUUUCAGUACAGUAAGAAUCCCUUCCUAUGA